ACUCCUCAUUCAUUCUACACCCAGGUAGCUAGCUAGUCUACAGAGUGAAAGCCAAUAGUAGAGCUGGCCGGCAAAUAUCUUCCACCGGCCGGCCCUCUCUUCUCCGAUGGAUCAGCCUCCCCACGGCGCAGCCGCUUCACUAGACCUGUCCCUCACGCUUGCCCCCAUGAGACCACCACCAGCACCGCCAUCCACCUCCUUUUGGGCUGAAGGAGACGCCGCUGCCGGCCACGGCGGCCAUGGUGGCCAUGACGGCGAAGCGAGAUCAAGGCGGCUGUUCUCGUGCCUCUUCUGCGACAAGAAGUUCCUCAAGUCUCAGGCGUUGGGGGGCCACCAGAAUGUGCACAAGAAGGAGCGGGCCGGCAGCUGGAACCCCCACCUCUACCUCCAAUCCGACCACGGCGACCCGCCGGCCACCGCGGCGGCAAAGGCGCCGGCGAGAUGGCCAAACGCGCGCCUUCACGACGACGGAGCAUCAAUUCUUCAGGUUGUCUCAGCUGCAGCAAAAAAAAAAAUUAGCAAGAAGAAAGUUAACGGGUGUAACAGUCAAAUGAAAUGCAUGGGCCCUUAAGACUUUUCUCAUGAAAGGAAAGACUUCUCUUCACAUGUACAGAGCAAGGAAUCUCGAAUCUCUUGGUGCCUGCAUGGACCAUGCAUGCAAAGCCGUACGACCAUCUGUAGCCACUGCGGAGUACUCUGGACCGCAAGAUGCUUGCUGUCUAUCUGUCUGACAUGUGUGCGGGCACACGAUAUUACACGGUAGGGAACCGUCGGUCCGAUUGCAGGCAAGACUGCCCAUCCAAAUUAGGAAUUUGUUAACAAUACAGUGACGUGAAAAAUAGCGCUACUUCAAUGUGUCAUCAU